ACAACGUGAUUUAUUAAAGUUUUGAUUAGGUUUUAAUUUUGGACAGUGGCUAAUAAACCCAUUUUUGCUUGUAACUGCGGCUUAAUACCACUUUAACUUGUUCAAUUUGUUUUGUUCUUUUCAUUUUUGGGUUUAGUGUUAGUUUGUCAUUUACUUACAUUUUCUCAUAUAUAAGAGUCCAUGCAUUGGCUGCCCAUGUAGUUGUAGUUACGAGGAAAGUAAUCAGAAUCUCACACAAAUUUCCAGCUCUUUUGUCACAUGACACCAAUCAUAGUAAAGCCUACUGUCUCAACAUAAAAAAAAAAUUCACAAGGCCUACUGUCUGUUAUUUUGCUAAGCCAGUAUAUAAACACCAGGCCCCUAAACAACUUCAUUCAAAGCCACACUCACUAGAUUCACACUUAAAUGGCUACAGGCUCUCGUGUUUUGAUUGGUCUAACAAUGAUCCUUAUACUCUUAGGAGAAAUGCUAGUUCCAGGGGAAGGGACGUGCCAAGGAGACAUCGAGGGUCUGAUGAGAGAAUGUGCUGUCUACGUCCAGCGUCCUGGCCCAAAGGUAAACCCAUCCGCAGCAUGCUGCAUAGUUGUUAAGAGAUCAGACAUCCCCUGCGCAUGUGGCCGUAUCACAGCCUCAGUUGAAAAGAUGAUAGACAUGACUAAGGUUGUUCUUGUUACUUCCUUUUGUGGGAGGCCUCUCGCUCAUGGUACCAAGUGUGGAAGCUACAUUGUGCCAUGAGAUUUGGGACCAGAACUUAAGACGCUAUGGCUUUCUGGAUAAAGUGUUGGUGCUCUACGGCCUUACUAGUCGCUACUUUAAAUCUACUGUUGCAACUUCUAAUGUAUUGAUCAAAAUAAAAGUAAUUCUUUGUUAGUCUUGGAAGACCAUGGUGUCAAGCUUCAAUGUUGUUUAAACCGGAUUACUAAAGCAUGAUCUUGAUCAGCUAACCAAAUCUCUGAACUAUGAUCCAUAGUAAUUA